CAAACUAACGGUUCAAGACUCGGAACUGACUGAACGGUUCACUCCCACUAUAUAUAUAAUUGGCAAUCAAUUUCUCUUACCAUCAAAUCAAAUCAAAUCAAAUCUCUUUCUGUUUUUCAAUGGCGACCUCUGUAAGGAACAAUUUCAUGCCUCAAUCUCUGAUCUCGAAUCUCCAGCAAGUACUGAUAAGCAGAAAUGACGCCGUAGAAGAAGGCAAAAAGAUCCACGAACAACCACCUACACCAGCCGGAGCUCACUGUUCGGGUCCGGAUGCUGCUGAUGCUGACGUGGAGGAGAAGGAUUGUAGUUAUACAAAGCCAGUAGUGUUGGUGACCAAUGGCGAAGGCAUAGAGUCCCCUGGUCUCACUUUCCUCGUCCAAGCUCUCCUUCACGACGCUCGCUUCGACAUUCACGUCUGCGCUCCCCAAUCGGAUCGAUCGGUGUCCGGUCACUCCGUCACGACUCGAGAGACGCUUGCCGCGUGUUCUGUUGAAAUCAGCGGCGCCACUGCUUUUCAAGUUACCGGUACUCCUGCUGAUUGUGUAUCUUUAGCAUUAUCUGGGGCAUUGUUUUCUUGGUCAAAGCCUGUUUUGAUAAUUAGUGGAGUAAAUAGAGGAUCGAGUUGUGGUCAUAAUAUGUUCUACUCUGGGGCUGUUGCUGGAGCUAGAGAGGCACUGAUUUGUGGUGUACCAUCUCUUUGCAUAUCAUUCAACUGGAAGAAGGACGUGAGCUGUGAGAGUGAUUUGAAGGAUGCGGUCGAUGUUUCUUUGCCAUUAAUACAUGCAGCCCUAAGAGAUAUUGAGAAAGGAACUUUUCCUAAAAAUUGCUGUCUGAAUAUUGAGAUUCCCAGUAGUCCUUUGACAAACAAGGGCUUCAAGGUGACCAGGCAGAGUCUAUGGAGGUCCUCACUAAGCUGGCAAGCUGUGUCAGCAAACAGGCAUCCCUCGGUUGGUGGCCAUUUCAUGUCCAAUCAGCAAAGCCUUGGUAUUAAGCUGGCACAGCUCAGCCGAGAUGCCUCUGCUGCUGGUGCUGCGCGUCGCUUGAACUCACAAAGGAAGAAUGUGGAGAUUGAAUCUGUUGGAGUUGCAGGGAAAUUCAGUUCCCAACAAACUGUGAAGAAAUACUUCCGUUUAGAGUUUGUAGAAAAGGAGCAAGAAAAUGUAGAUGAGGAUCUAGAUUACAGAGCGCUUGAAGAUGGAUUUGUUGCAAUUACUCCUUUGUCUUUAAAUCCAAAUAACUGGUUUGAGACUCAAUCAUCUGUGUCAAACUGGCUUGCUGUUGUACUUGCCAAUGAGCAAUGAAGCUUCCUAAGUCCUAACUUAUCAAAAAUGUAAUUACAUCAAAAAAGGAGGAAGCUUCAUCUUCCUAACGAAGUUACGGUAACGUGUAAUUGGAGGAUGCCUCACGGUCCUGUUAUUAUGUCAAAAUCCAAGUCGUGCUAUCUCUUGGCAGGUUUAUAUAUGAUUAUAACUUAAAGUAAAAUGGUCCACGCUGGUGUAAUUUAA